CCCGGAAGAGGUGGGGCUUCGCACCUUGACCUGGAAAUUAAUGUACUAUCCUCCUUACUUUUGGGUCGGGCCCUCCGGGAAGAUGGCGGCCGUGCAGGCGGCCGAGGUGAAAGUGGAUGGCAGCGAGCCGAAACUGAGCAAGAAGUGAGUGUCGCUGCGAGUCUUUAAAGCCUUUGCGGUAGGAGAGUCUGGGCUGGGAAGCGCCGCGAGGUUCCCACCAAGGCUGCUGUGCCGGGGCCUUCUUGCCGGCUCUCGUGGGUGGUGGUAAUCAUUAGUUCCAGGGUGCUCUGCCAUGUUGACGCAAGCUGCUGUAAGGCUUGUUAGGGGGUCUCUGCGCAAAACCUCCUGGGCAGAGUGGGGUCACAGGGAACUGCGACUGGGUCAACUUGCUCCUUUCACAGCGCCUCACAAGGACAAGUCAUUUUCUGAUCAAAGAAGUGAGCUGAAGAGACGCCUGAAAGCUGAGAAGAAAGUAGCAGAGAAGGAGGCCAAACAGAAAGAGCUCAGUGAGAAACAGCUAAGCCAAGCCACCGCUGCUGCCACCAACCACACCACUGAUAAUGGUGUGGGUCCUGAGGAAGAGAGCGUGGACCCAAAUCAAUACUACAAAAUCCGCAGUCAAGCAAUUCAUCAGCUGAAGGUCAAUGGGGAAGACCCAUACCCACACAAGUUCCAUGUAGACAUCUCACUCACUGACUUCAUCCAAAAAUAUAGUCACCUGCAGCCUGGGGAUCACCUGACUGACAUCACCUUAAAGGUGGCAGGUAGGAUCCAUGCCAAAAGAGCUUCUGGGGGAAAGCUCAUCUUCUAUGAUCUUCGAGGAGAGGGGGUGAAGUUGCAAGUCAUGGCCAAUUCCAGAAAUUAUAAAUCAGAAGAAGAAUUUAUUCAUAUUAAUAACAAACUGCGUCGGGGAGACAUAAUUGGAGUUCAGGGGAAUCCUGGUAAAACCAAGAAGGGUGAGCUGAGCAUCAUUCCGUAUGAGAUCACACUGCUGUCUCCCUGUUUGCAUAUGUUACCUCAUCUUCACUUUGGCCUCAAAGACAAGGAAACAAGGUAUCGCCAGAGAUACUUGGACUUGAUCCUGAAUGACUUUGUGAGGCAGAAAUUUAUCAUCCGCUCUAAGAUCAUCACAUAUAUAAGAAGUUUCUUGGAUGAGCUGGGAUUCCUAGAGAUUGAAACUCCCAUGAUGAACAUCAUCCCAGGGGGAGCCGUGGCCAAGCCUUUCAUCACUUAUCACAACGAGCUGGACAUGAACUUAUAUAUGAGAGUUGCUCCAGAACUCUAUCAUAAGAUGCUUGUGGUUGGUGGCAUCGACCGGGUUUAUGAAAUUGGACGCCAGUUCCGGAAUGAGGGGAUUGAUUUGACGCACAAUCCUGAGUUCACCACCUGUGAGUUCUACAUGGCCUAUGCAGACUAUCACGAUCUCAUGGAAAUCACGGAGAAGAUGGUUUCAGGGAUGGUGAAGCAUAUUACAGGCAGUUACAAGGUCACCUACCACCCAGAUGGCCCAGAGGGCCAAGCCUACGAUGUUGACUUCACCCCACCCUUCCGGCGAAUCAACAUGGUAGAAGAGCUUGAGAAAGCCCUGGGGAUGAAGCUGCCAGAAACAAACCUCUUUGAAACUGAAGAAACUCGCAAAAUUCUUGAUGAUAUCUGUGUGGCAAAAGCUGUUGAAUGCCCUCCACCUCGGACCACAGCCAGGCUCCUUGACAAGCUUGUUGGGGAGUUCCUGGAAGUGACUUGCAUCAAUCCUACAUUCAUCUGUGAUCACCCACAGAUAAUGAGCCCUUUGGCUAAAUGGCACCGCUCUAAAGAGGGUCUGACUGAGCGCUUUGAGCUGUUUGUCAUGAAGAAAGAGAUAUGCAAUGCCUACACUGAGCUGAAUGAUCCCAUGCGGCAGCGGCAGCUUUUUGAAGAACAGGCCAAGGCCAAGGCUGCAGGUGAUGAUGAGGCCAUGUUCAUAGAUGAAAACUUCUGUACUGCCCUGGAAUAUGGGCUGCCCCCCACAGCUGGCUGGGGCAUGGGCAUUGAUCGAGUCGCCAUGUUUCUCACGGACUCCAACAACAUCAAGGAAGUACUUCUGUUUCCUGCCAUGAAACCCGAAGACAAGAAGGAGAAUGUAGCAACCACUGAUACACUGGAAAGCACAACAGUUGGCACUUCUGUCUAGAAAAUAAUAAUUGCAAGUUGUAUAACUCAGGCGUCUUUGCAUUUCUGCGAAAGAUCAAGGUCUGCAAGGGAAUUCUUGUGUGCUGCUUUCCAUUUGACACCGCAGUUCUGUUCAGCCACCAGAAGAGAGACAAGGAAUUAAAAUUUUCUUUUUAAUCCUGUUACCAAAUAA